AAAUUAAUUGCAGGGAUGGUAAUCAGUUGACCUUUAUUUCUAUUAGGUUUUUGAUAAUUACAACUCUGUUCUCUCCUCCUCCUCUCUCUUCUCUAUUUAUUAUUUGCUUUCCUCUCUUUGCUUUAUCAUUUAUUACUCGAGUUUUCCUACUACUUACUUUCUCCUUCUCUUUUCCAUUAAACACCCGAAACUAUAUUGUGUCAAUCUAGUUUUGAGCUUUAAUUUAAACCAUCUGCUUCACUUCGCCCAUUCAAUAUUUCCUCAUCCUCUGCUCAAGAUUUUCUCUUUCUGGUGAAGAUCACAGAAGACUGUCAGUUCUGAAGCAGAGUCGUCUUUUCUAAAAGAUUAAUGAGCAAGUGUUUUGCAAUUCAAAUCUAGGCCUACAAGCAAAUCUGUAAACCUUUUGAAUACAGUGAAAUAAUGUGGGUUCCAGCGAGGUAAAAUCAAGAAAUGGAAUAAUGAAACAAGAUCUGAGGGUUCUGUGCAGUUUAAGGGAUAACAAGGACUAUGGAGAUCAAUUACCAUUUUGAAUGAAUGACCGGAAAGAUUAGAAUGCUGCAAAACUUGAUUCAUCCAUGCAUGUGAACAAUCUCACAUAUGAUAAUGAAAAGCGACCACACAAUUUGUUCUCGUUUCAGAAAAAGGGACUUGACUGAGAAGAAUUCAGUUGUUUAUAUGGACAAAAGUGUUGUUGAACAUGAACUGCCCGAGUUAAUAGUUUGCUACAAGGAGAACACCUAUCAUGUUGUUAAAGACAUCUGCAUUGACGAGGGUGUGCCUAUGCAGGACAAGUACUUGUUUGCUUGUGGUGUGGAUGAGAAGAGUAUUUGCAACAGCCAGCCUCCAGAAAAGGAUCAGAAUCAUCCAUGGAUCAAAGAAAACGAUGAACUGGUCCAGGUAAUUAUGAAAGAAAGCCAGGAGAACAAUGCGGUGGCCCAGGAUAAUAUGAAAUCACCAGGAGAAACCAAUUCUGACAAGCAUAUUGGCAACAUAUGCAAUCCAAGGGGUUUUAUGCUGUCUGGGGAAGUGAAUGAUGAUGCAAUGGACAAGCCAGCAAAUGAUGUCUCCAAAGAGGCUUUUACACUUGGUGAUAUUCUUUCAAUGCCAGAAUUGAACAUGGAGAAAUCCGGACCUGUCCCUUCUUCCAACAGUAGCAAUGAACUUGAACAAUCUUCUCAGAGCUCAAGUGGAAAUACAACAUUGGCAGGUGCUGCAGUGGCUUCUGCAGGGGAGGAAUUGAACAGUGACAGUGGGGAAGCAGUUGUGAUGCAUCUUGCUCUGGUUCCAGCAGCUGAGGAACCAAACAAAGACAAUCAGGAAACAAACUUGGUGGGCUCUGCUGAAGAAAUAAGUAGUAGCAGUGACAAUCUCGACAUGGCAAGCUGUAUAACUGAAGAACUAAUCAACAACAACAGCCUUGAUAACGAGGUGUCUUCCGGUAACAAAAUAGAGACUGAAGGCAUCAAUGUUGAUCACAACUCUCGUAUUCCCAUGUUGACUGGUGGGAAAGAGUAUUGGCUAAAUCUUGAUUCUGAACAUCUCGAGUCUAAAAGUACCAGCGUGCUCAAAGAUUUAAAAGACCAAUCAGUCUCCGGCCACAUUCAGAAUGGUAUUGGGGAGACAAGUUUCUCUGCGACAGGUCCAAUAUCAGGUUUAAUAAGUUACUCAGGACCAAUAGCAUAUUCUGGCAGUCUGUCACUACGAUCAGAUAGCAGCACAACUAGCACUCGUUCCUUUGCUUUCCCCGUCUUGCAGUCUGAAUGGAAUAGCAGUCCUGUUAGAAUGGCAAAAGCUGACAGAAGAUAUCUCCGAAAGCACAGGGGUUGGAGACGAGGACUUCUUUGCUGUAAAUUCUGAAUGAUUCUGUUUCAUCAGUAGGUUAAAGGUGAAAAAUAUAUACAUAUUAAAAAGUUUGUUCAUUUAGUAAACUAAAAAUAGCUUUAUUUUUGGCCUCUGGGGUUGGUGUGUAAUACUCAUUAGGUUCAGAGAGUAUGAGUUUGGUCUCAUCCUUGCGAGUUGAGAGAUGUGAGCAGGAUUUUGUAAGUUUCCUAUUUGGUUUUAUGUAUUUCUACUGAGGAAGUAAUGUUACGCUCCGAAGCAAUUCUUACUCA